AAGGCGGGUCUAGUAACUGGAAGGAACCAAUGAGGCUCGGUAGAGACGGCAGGAGGCCGAGGCGGUCACUAGUCGGGUUUCCCCAUCCCAACGAAAUCUGGAAAUCCCAAGGCUGCGGUCUUAGACUCACUGUUGGGGAGCGGACGAGGAGAGCUACUGCUCUGGCCAGCCCUUCACUCUCCCCAUCUCCAUCACGGAGGCCGGAAGUGGAAGUGACGGACACGGAAGUGCCCUGCUGUUGCCGAGGGGACGGACCAGGCAGAUGCCAACAUGGCAGCGGUGGGGUCCGGCGGUUCCACCGCGGCGGCUGGGCCAGGGGCGGUUUCCGCGGGGGCGUUGGAGCCUGGAACCGCUAGUGCGGCUCACCGGCGCCUCAAAUACAUAUCCCUAGCUGUGCUGGUGGUCCAGAAUGCCUCCCUCAUCCUCAGCAUCCGCUACGCCCGCACACUGCCUGGGGACCGCUUCUUUGCCACCACUGCUGUGGUCAUGGCCGAAGUGCUCAAAGGUCUCACCUGCCUGCUGCUGCUCUUCGCACAAAAGAGGGGUAACGUGAAGCACCUGGCACUCUUCCUGCAUGAGGCUGUCCUGGUGCAGUAUGUGGAUACACUCAAGCUCGCAGUGCCCUCCCUCAUCUACACCCUGCAGAAUAACCUCCAGUACGUGGCCAUCUCCAACCUGCCAGCUGCCACGUUCCAGCCUUCCCCGAGGCACCGCCAAAGCCAUAGCCUCCACCUCCGCCUCAGCCUCGGCCUCCACCUCUGGGCCCUGCACUCACCAGCAGCCUCCCGGGCAGCCGCCGCCACCCAAGCUGUCUUCCCAUCGCGCAGACCUCAGCACGGAGCCCUUUCUGCCGAAGUCAGUGCUGGUGAAGUGAGGGUUGGUGGUGGUGGGGGGCCACAGGGAGGGGGACUGGGUGGAGGGUGUUGGGCAUCCAGAGGGACUUAAGCUGCCACUGGGCCUGGCUCCUCUGGAAUUGGAAGUGUUUUCUCCCAGGUCAUGGAGACUUCUGCAGGGGCUUUGGAGCAGGUGUGGGGCAUCACACAAACCCUUCCUUGUAGACUGAGCCCCCUUCCCCUGGAGGGGGAUCAUGAGAGCUGCCUCCUCGGCCCCAGUGAACUGCUUUGGGGACUGGGUUGGCAGUAUUGUCGUUCAAGGCCUUUCUUUGCCUGCCUGCCCUCAGCUGGAGGUGUCCUGUCUUCCACGCUCUCUCGGGAGAGCCCCUCCCAGCGGUCCCUCCUCCCCCUUUGUAAGGACAAAUUGGACAAAAAUUCUACAGCUCUUUAGCAAUGGAUGCCUACCUGUGGGGUUCCGCUUCCUGUAGCUUGAGGCCUUUUUGCCUCCCUCACAACCACAAGGGACCAGACCCUAUUAGCAGCCCGGUCUUUUUUGUAUGUGGCCUUGGGGCAGCUUUCCUGAUGGGAGACCCCUGAAAAUGGGCCUGUGAGCACCCCGGAGUUGGGGGAGGGGGGCGGGUGGAGAGGAAGAGGAAGGAAGGGGUGGGAAUUAAGAUGUUCUGCAUCAGCCUGGUCCAGGGGAGGGUGCGGUAGGGGCAUCUGUUUUUUAAUGGUUUGGGAAUUUGUGGUAUAAUCAGAUAAUGAAUGAUCCAGGGUGUGGGAAAAGCCGGUGGGGGAGGUCCUUGGAGUGGCUGAAUCUCAUUGAAUCUAAGACACUGUCAGUUGCCGGAUGCAGGGUUCUUGUCUGAGACAGCCCAAGAGGGAAAAUAAAGCUGCCAAUCACACUGUUGAUACACACUAGCUAGCUGUAUGAGGCACCCUGUCACAGGGUGAGGGUGUCUUCAAAUGCUGAAAUGUGGAACCUGUCCCCUGCACUCCCCAAAGCUUAUUAACCCCUUAACCGUCUCCCAGGAUGUGUGUGUACGUGUGCGUGUGCAUGUGUGCAUCUAUAUCUACGCACGCGCAAGAGAUGCCUGGGCUGUCUUUGCUCUAUGUACAUAGGGUCGUUGGAUCUUUAUUUUUAAUUAAUUUGUUCUGAUUUUUCUGGUUUGUUUUCUAAGGAACUGUAAUGAACAAAUAUCAGGAGACCCAAUGCCAAAUAAAGAUGUUGUAUUUA